CACUCACGCGGUUCCAUAUUCGCCUCGGGAUACAUGGCUCAAAUCGACAAGUCGAACAUAGGAGACACCAAGCAGACAUGCGAGACAGACGCAUUCGCAUCGACCCUGGCCGGUCUGUAGGAUGCGCAGCAGCUUGAAAUAUGGCCAAUCAGCACGCGCGGCGCAUGGCCGCAUGGUCACGGUAUCGGGGAACAACCAAUGGUGGACGCGCGCAGCAAUGCGCAGUGCGGCGCGGUGUGGCGAAUUUUGCGUUUUCACGGUUCCGACCCCGCCGGAACAAGAGGGAGGAGGGCAUCCAUCCGCCUCCCGCACCGCUUCGACAAGCGCCACCAACGUCGGGGCUUUGUUCAGGCCAGGCCUGUCCUACUCUGCCGUCGCCAGCGUCGCUAUGCGGUGGGAGAUUGCCUCGGGCACUCCUGCACCAUACGGCCUCGGACGAGCACCACAAGCCAACCAGUGAUCAAGCACCAUCGUUACUACAUAGCGUUCAAUUUGAUAUUAUGCCGUCGCCAGCGCCUCUAUGCGGUGGGAGGUUGCAUCAGGCACUCCUGCACCAUACGGCCUCGGACGAGCACCACAAGCCAACCAGUGAUCAAGCACCAUCGUUGCUACCCAGCCGUUCAAUUUGAUAUUAUGCCGUCGCCAGCGCCUCUAUGCGGCGGGAGGUUGCAUCAGGCACUCCUGCACCAUAUGGCCUCGGACGAGCACCACAAGCCAACCAGUGAUCAAGCACCAUCGUUGCUACCCAGCGUUCAAUUUGAUAUUAUGCCGUCGCCAGCGCCGCUAUGCGGUGGGAGAUUGCAUAAGGCACUCCUGCACCAUACGGCCUCGGACGAGCACCACAAGCCAACCAGUGAUCAAGCACCAUCGUUACUACAUAGCGUUCAAUUUGAUAUUAUGCCGUCGCCAGCGCCUCUAUGCGGCGGGAGGUUGCAUCAGGCACUCCUGCACCAUACGGCCUCGGACGAGCACCACAAGCCAACCAGUGAUCAAGCACCAUCGUUGCUACCCAGCGUUCAAUUUGAUAUUAUGCCGUCACCAGCGCCGCUAUGCGGUGGGAGAUUGCAUAAGGCACUCCUGCACCAUACGGCCUCGGACGAGCACCACAAGCCAACCAGUGAUCAAGCACCAUCGUUACUAUCCGGCGUUCAAUUUGAUAUUAUGCCGUCGCCAGCGCCUCUAUGCGGUGGGAGAUUGCAUAAGGCACUCCUGCACCAUACGGCCUCGGACGAGCACCACAAGCCAACCAGUGAUCAAGCACCAUCGUUGCUACCCAGCGUUCAAUUUGAUAUUAUGCCGUCACCAGCGCCUCUAUGCGGCGGGAGGUUACAUCAGGCACUCCUGCACCAUAUGGCCUCGGACGAGCACUACAAGGCACUCCAUGAACCAAGUCCCUUCGUUGUCCGGCUUCGACACCUGAUCGGGCUUUCUCUUUUUCUCUGUAGUGGUAUAUGACUCUUUGCUUCAGUCAAACGUCCAGGUAAGUUCAUCCUCUCUUUCCAAUCCAUUUUUCUCGAAUACAUAACCGUCCCACCG